AAACCCGCCAGAGUAACACACGGAAGUGAAAGUAAAACUGACGUGUUUCCUAGUUCAGACAGGGCAGCUCGGUGGCUCAGGCCGUGUGGGAGACAUGAGCUCUUUAGCGUUAAACGCCGUUUUACUGGAGAUUUCUAAGCAGCUCGCUGAUGAGCAGCUGGACAACCUGAAGUUUCUGUGUGGAAACAUGAUCGGGAAGCGAGAGCUGGAAAAGGUCAAGAACGGAACAAAGCUGUUCCAGCUUCUGAUGGAGAGGAAUAAACUGGGAGCCGACACAACGGAGUAUCUGUCCGAGCUUCUGGAAAAAAUCGGUCGAGACGAUCUUUCAGACAAAUUAAAGAACUUUCAAAGUGAGUGUGGACACACCGACAAUCAACCGGACGAAACGGAGAAAGCCAAACUGAACAUCGCCACAGAGGUAAUUGUAGAGAAUCUGGGAAAGAACUGGCGUAAAAUGGGCCGCAAACUUCAUCUGAGUGAGGUCAAGCUGGAAUCGAUCUCUGCGAGGCAUCCCGGAGAACUGGAAGAGAUGGUGGUGGAGAUGCUGAAACAGUGGAGGAAGAGUCGAGGAGCUGAAGCCAGUGCCAAGGAGCUGAUAGGAGCCCUGAGAGCCUGCGAUUACAACCUGACAGCUGACAAAGUGGAGGACAGACUGAAAGACUGUGGAUACUGAUGGAGAUUUACAUUCUUCAUAACACUGAGAUUAACUCUGGCAAAGGAAAUGAAAGCUGUGAUUCACAAUAAUCAAAGAAACAGAAAUGUAUAUACAUUUGAAACUAUGCUAAAGUAGAUGAAUACGCUGACUUCCUGAAUGUCAUAAUACGUGCGCUAGAGAACGUGUGUAAAGAACGGUGUUCCAGUGUGAUGAGCUGCUCUUCACGGUCAGCCAGUAUUCGUCAUGUUGCAUGUUUUUAUCUGAAGAUGAAAACAAGGAAAUAAAUUCACUUUGAUUUAUCAGCUACCAUGAAACAAAAUGGAGGAGGGUGUGUCACCUACUCAUCAUUCAGUAACAUGGAGACAGUGAUUUACAGACAUGUCAGGAAUAUCACAAGCUACUUCUCAACACUUUAU